AUGCAGUGUGGACCCACAACGGUGACGCGAAAGUUUCCUGUCGUGCUGGGAAAGAUAUUCCUGCGUUGGGUCUUCAAUAAGGCCGAUUUAGUGUUCUUUAUUUACCGUAUAGUUUGGUAUGCGCUGUACACUCGAUCCUCGAUGAAUAGCAGCGUGGACUUCUUCGAGAGCCUCAUAGAUGAAGAUGGGCGUUUUUCGGAACUUAACUGCCAAGAACCACAACGAGUUCAACGACAACGUCCAAGUGUCCAAAGAAUGCGACCUCAUCCUCAAGCUGAAAACAUCAACAAUGGUGGAGGACUAUCGUUAUCUCCGCCUCACACAAUAUCCCAAAGAGAAACAGCGACGCAGGUGUCUCAGUGUUACAGCGUGCCAUCAUCGCCUUGCGGUUCAACAAGCUCGACACCUUCGCCCACCGCGCUCCCCUUGUUGCCCCCCGGCACAGCGACCCUUGACCCAAAUUGGCAAGCAACAAAGGCUACCAUUAGGGACAGAAACGCUGCUAUGUUCAACAACCAGCUUAUGGCUGAUGUGACAUUUAUUGUCGGACCACCAGGCCACACACAAGUAAUUCCAGCACACAAAUAUGUCUUAGCUACAGGAAGUUCAGUUUUCUACGCAAUGUUUUAUGGUGGUCUUGCAGAAUGUAAGCAGGAAAUAGAAGUACCUGAUGUGGAACCUUCAGCUUUUCUUACUUUACUCAAAUAUCUAUAUUGUGAUGAAAUUCAGCUGGAAGCCGAUACUGUGCUGUCAACGCUUUAUGUGGCAAAAAAAUAUUUUGUUCCACAUGUAGCAAGAGCUUGUGUCAAUUAUUUAGAAACUAGUCUCACAGCUAAAAAUGCCUGUUUGCUCUUAAGCCAAUCUAGAUUGUUUGAGGAACCAGAAUUGAUGCAAAGAUGUUGGGAAGUUAUUGAUGCCCAGGCUGAAAUGGCGUUGACCUCAGAAGGAUUUAUUGACAUUGAUGUGUCAACCCUGGAAUCAGUAUUAGCAAGAGAGACAUUAAAUUGUAAAGAAAUUAACCUAUUUGAGGCUGCCUUGGCUUGGGCACAGGCUGAAUGUGUUCGACGCGAAAUAGAACCCACUCCUACAAACAAGAGGGCGAUGCUAGGCAGCGCAAUAUAUCUCAUUAGAUUUCCUGUCAUGACUCUAGAAGAAUUUGCCAAUAGUGCUGCACAACUCGGAAUACUCACCCCUCAAGAAACUAUUGAUAUUUUCUUACACUUCACUGCAGCUACUAAACCCCAAUUAUCAUACCCAAGUAAAGCCAGAGCUGGGCUCAAAGCUCAGAUCUGUCAUAGAUUCCAAUCAUGUGCAUACAGAAGCAAUCAAUGGAGAUACAGAGGUAGAUGUGACUCAAUACAAUUUUGUGUGGACAAAAGAAUAUUUGUUGUUGGUUUUGGCUUGUACGGUUCAUCCAAUGGUGCAGCAGACUACAAUGUGAAGAUUGAAUUAAAGAGAUUGGGACGCAUUCUAGCUGAAAACAACACUAAAUUCUUUUCUGAUGGAUCUAGCAGCACAUUCCAUGUGUAUUUUGAAAACCCAAUUCAAAUUGAACCUGAAUGUCUAUAUACGGCUUCAGCUAUCCUUGAUGGAAGCGAACUAAGUUACUUUGGACAAGAAGGAUUAAGUGAAGUCUAUAUGGGAACAGUCACAUUCCAAUUUCAUUGUUCUUCUGAGAGUACAAAUGGAACGGGAGUCCAAGGAGGACAAAUUCCAGAACUGAUUUACUAUGGACCAACAGUUAAUGCAUCCCUGGUUAACGCUAGUACAAAUGAUGACUGA